AGUAGGUUAAACUAAACCGUAACUUUAAUAAAGAACCAUUUGAUUCCAAUCUCGUUCGCUAUUCAUACUUCACUUACUUUAUUUCUUCCUUUGCACGCCGUGCUUCCCCUUUGCAGUGCAGCACAUCAUCAUCAUCUUUUUGUUUGUUUGAUUGUCUUUUACGCAUAACACCGUGCCCGCAGUCGCUACCCCCUUUUUUUUCAUUUACCGUCACUUUGCUGAGGCGAAGAAGUCAAAAGCCUCUCUCACUCGUGGUGCACUUAUACUACAUCACAGACCAGGAAAAGCAGACGUUAUUGCUGCCAGCUGUGCCAUUAGAGCUUCUUUAUCCACCCGCACGUUUCAUAUUCCUCUUCUGUUGUUACGCUUAAGUGUGCUAACCGCAGCAUUUAUAUUUCUUUUUUUUUUGUUCCUAUAUCUUUCCUUUUUCCUUUCCCCGUUAGUGCGUGUGCAUCACCACUGAGCUUAACUGGAAUCCGACAGAAUAUAUAUUUUUACUCAGGGGGUGUUGAGACACACAAACAAGGUGAGCAACGCAGUGGAGCAGACGUAGAGACCAUUUCAGCAGAGAUCGGAGGAAAAGGUUGAUCUGAGGAGGACGUGUCGGAAGUACGAAGUGCGCGAAAGGCACCGUUACAACUGAUAAGCUGUACUCCUCGUGGCUGCGGUCGACACCAAGUGUUGUUUUAAAGAAUCACCGCAGCAGGCCAAAUUAACUGCUUCUUUUUAUUUUUGAAGUCUGCACUCUGUGUUGAGCUGUUCUUGUUUUCACUUUGCCACCUUUGCAUUCUUUUUUUCCCCUUUUUUUAUUAUCUUUUGUUCACUAAAAAGAAACCUUCCUUACCACUUUUGUUUUCAUCAUUUUCACUUCUCCUAUCACUUUGUUUACCCACACACGCGCACACAAUAAGUUACCUGGCAUUCUAUCUCUUUCGUGAUUCAUUCUUCUCUCUUGCCACUGUCGUUCUUUCCAUCUUUCCAUCUUUCUCUUUCUCGUCUCACCCUUCCACGCAUAUCAUUCGUGUUUUCGUCGAAGACGGAUCAAACCGUCCCCCCUUUUUCCUUAAAAAAAGAAUACUAUUGAUCGCCUUACCCUCUGACGGAGGAAAAAAUCGCAAAGACCGGCCAUCGAUUUCGAUCUCUCCCGUGCUGCGUUUUGUCGUCUCUUCCGGCCCGUCUACCGUGAGGGAGUAAAGCAGACAGCCCAUAUUUUCCCUGUCGCCCCUGUUUUCCCUCUUUUUCGUUGUUUUAGCGGCUUUUCUCCCUCCGUUCUAAUUGUUUCCGUCCACCGUGUGUUUAUUGUGCCCUUGGCCUUUUCUUUUUUUUCUCUCUUCCCCGACCCACUCUAAGACUCUCUUAAGCUGAAUAAUACUUUUGCUUGUUUCUUCUUGGUUCUGUUCUUAGGGAUCUUAAUCAAAAGAACACGUCUUAGUUGCGUAAGCAAGGUGUUCGCCGUCUUGUUCGUGUUUGCACGCAAACAAAACCGCUGCUCCCUCACAGCAACGUCGGUGGCAGUCAAGGUGGCGUACCCACAAACUAAUCUUUUGUCUCGUCGCAGGUUUUAUUAUUAUUAUUAUUGUUCUACUUACUUGCCUCUGGCAGCUCAGACAGGGAAGCGCGGAUACAUACGUGUCUUCACUCGUGCACCUACACGUAAACCGACUCUGCCCAGGUGCUUGUCGACGUACGAGCUCUUGCGCGUAAGUGCUUCGGAGACACUGAGCGGCGCACCGCUUCUGCUACUCGCACGCCUUCCCGAAAACACAUUCACACGUCAACGUCACCGGGCUACCUAACGGCACCUUUUUUAUACUACUUGUCGUCUUUGAGGAAGCAAGUCGUGGAAGUGAGAGCGGAAGACAACGCAUUCCAGGGCAGACGCACCGCUUUUUUGUGUGCGUGUUGCAGUCUCUGGCGCACAAAGAACAUUGCCAAAGGAGAGAAGUUAAUCAAAGUAGAAGAAACACGUUCGGUGCGUCAGGGUAGUCCUUUCUUUUCUUUGGACUUCUCGCGUUUCUAAUGAGUCAGCCAAACAACGGAAACGAAGGCGGUUCACAACAUUCCACUUUUGCUGGCUUUCCCUCCAUCAUGGGCGACGUUCCUCCAAAUGCCAGCGCGGCUGGAUUGAAGGGCAACGCCCUCAACUCGAGCUACAUGAACUACAGCGGCAACACAAACAGAAUCACGGACAUGCAGAGUAUCUCGUACAGUCGCGACCUCACCCAGGCCAGUUCCAUGCGGAACAGCACCAGUGCCUUGCGGAUUACCUCUCCAGGCUGCUUUGACGGUGGGAUGUUCACACACGUUCCAGCGCCCCCCACCGCGAUGUUGCGCCGCACGAUCGACUCCAUCGACCAACUCGCCGCCUCGGGGGUUCAACGCUUCGACAACAGCCUCAGCUUCUCGGCGAGUGCGUCGUACGUGCCCGUAGGGACGCAGCAGUGGGGAUGCGUGCCGCCUCCGUCGUCUGGACCGGAAGGCACGCAGAGCGCCGCCCCUUGCGUCUACACCAAAAUCCCUCCGAACGGGGUGUUAGUGCGCAUGAUGGACCCGGCAGGGAAUGCUGUAUGGCACAUCCAAUCAGAUGGCAACACCAUUCCCCCGCCACCACCGCCACCGCUGCCUCACCAGCCGCAACAGCGGCCGCAAUUGCAGUCACAGCAGCAACCGGCCGUCGCCAUCGCUUCUCCGACGCAGACGUCGGUGCGUGAAAGCCCCGGCUCCUCCUUCGUCCCGGCGCCGGCGACAGCCGCCACGACGGUGGCCCCACCGCCUUUUAAGGUGUCGCCACUCGCGUGGAACCUGCAGGCGCCACUCGGCGUCGCGGGGGGUGCGGGGGACGCCUCGCCCGACACCCAACCCAGCCGGAGCACGACCUCUCCUCGCACCGAAGGCGAUGCGGACGACUACGAAUACGAGCCCUACAAUUCCAACACUCUCGCCAACCGCCGCGUCGGCUCCCUUGACCGGGUGCGCUGUAAGGUGCACGGAAAGGAGCGCUCGGCGCAGAACAUGGUCAUGGUGCGCAGCAAAGCCACCAACGAGAUACACUGGCGCUGCAAGCGGUCGAGUCAGUGCAAAGUGCGUACGAUCGAUUGCGAUGACGCCGCGCUCAACAGCAACGAGAACGCGCUGCGCAACAACGGCGCGGAGUCUCUGAUGUCGCCCACGCCUGACCAGGUGCCCGCCGUCUCGCUGAACCAGUUCUUCCCCAACGCAAGUGUGCCAUGGAGUCGCCGACCCCCGGCGCCGCCGCAGUACUCACUUGUGUCGCCCAACAACGGUGCGCUUCCAAUGAAUGCCAGCUUCCAGUCCAUGUCCCAGUCAGUGCACGCGUACACGCCAGACUACGUGCCAUCAGCAGCUCAAGUGGUGACGCUGCCCUCCGCUUUUUCGCAGAACCAUCCGCCGUACGCGGCAAACACUAUUUACUAUCCAGUGUAUGCCCAGGAGAACGCCCAGCAACCACCGCCGCCGCCGCCGCCUCAGCCACCGCAGCAGCAAAGUGGGUUUGUGACGGUUAACGGAGUACCGUAUCGCCUCGUUCAUGUAGAGGCUCCUUCGACACACAUGCGCUAG